AUGUCUCAAGGCGGCCGUUCCCACGGAGCAUCCAACGCGGCCCCUCCUGAUGAGAGGAGCGCUCUUCUUCCAACAUCAGAGGCGCAGCACCACCACUCCAACGGCGCUACCAGUCAUCAUGAGAACGAAGGCGAAAGUGGAAGGCAUGGAUUCCAUCCAGCAACUUUCCUCAAAGUUCUGUGGCGGAGCUCAUGCACGGCGUCUAUGCUGGUCAAUCUACUCUGGCCCGUGGUGCCAGUGGCCUUUGUGCUGCAGCUCUUCCAUGGUCUGCAUCUGUGGAAGUUUGCAACGGCAUACAUUGCCGUCAUUCCAUCGGCGAACCUACUAGGAUUUGCGGGCCAAGAGUUCAGCCGUAAAAUGCCAAAAGUGGCGGGCAUACUAAUCGAGACGACUUUUGGUUCCGUCAUUGAGAUUAUCCUCUUUAUCGUUCUCAUCUGUAAGCACACGGUUGAUUCGCCCGAAACGAAUGGCGAUGAAGGCAACCUCAUACCCAUCAUACAAGCCGCCAUUCUGGGCAGUAUUUUGACCAAUUUGCUUCUCUGUCUUGGCCUGUGCUUCUUCUUUGGAGGUCUUCGUCAGGCAACCCAGAAGUUCCACAGCGUGGUUUCUGAAGUCGGCACAGGACUUUUGCUUGUUGCGGCGUUUGGCUUGCUUAUACCCAGUGCAUUCUUUUCUGCCUUGAAGGGCUCUACUGUUGAUGCCCCUUCCGAAAUUGCCUUGCUUCACGAGAAAUUCACCAAAGCCAAGCUCCAAGCCGAUGUCCUGCAAAUCAGCCAAGCAACCUCCAUUGCUUUAAUCGUGGCCUUUGCACUGUAUCUCUGGUUUCAGGCACGAAGUCAACACACCAUUUUCGACGAGGUUAUCGAACAAGAUGAACACCAAGAUGCCGACCGGCAUCAUGAUUUGGCCAAGCCCAAGUUUACCAUGACAGAAGCUUUAUUUGCCAUUGCUCUCGCACUCGUUCUUGUCACAUCACUACUUAUAUUCCUGGUCGAAAAGAUUGAGCAUGUUGUGGAAAGUGGUGUUCCCGACCAAUUCCUGGGUUUGAUCCUUCUCCCUCUUGUUGAGAAAGCCGCCGAGCAUUUGACUGCAAUUGACGAGGCGUGGGAUGGCGUGAUAAAUGUUGCUCUCUAUCACUGUCUAGGACCGUCGAUUCAGACCGCCCUCUUCAACGGACCGUUGGUGGUAAUUGUCGCCUGGGCUAUUGGCAAGCCCAUGGAUCUCAACUUUGAGAUAUUCAUGAUUUGCCUCUUGGUUCUUUCGAUUCUCGUCGUCGGCAACUUUCUGCGAGACGGAGAGUCCAAUUGGCUAGAAGGGGCGUUGCUCGUUAUUAUCUACGCAAUCGUCGCAAUUGCCUGCUGGUACUAUCCUAACCCAGAUGUCGCCAUAUCUAACGGCGCACAAAGUUCUCAGGAGAUCGAUGUUGCAUUGUUGAAGGACUCUAUUCGUCUCAUGCAGGAAUACUUACAAAAAGCAUCAUAA